AUGGCCACCGAGGCCUCCAUCGCCCUGACAAACCGCUCUCUCCGUACCAUUCGUACUGAACUGGAAUUCCUUGCCGAUACCUCCAUCAUCUCGCCUGAACAGCUCUCCUCGAUCCUAGCACAACUACCAGCUCAGACACCGCUACAUGCCCCCCUACACGCUCCCGUCAAUGGCACCGCCAACACCCCUGUCGAUCAAUUCUCGAGCAUGAACCUGAAAGAAGGAUAUGCUCCUGUACCUACGCCUGCUCCUCUCCCUCCUCCGGCCUACGUUCCGCCGCCGAUAUUGUCGAUUGCCUCCGCUCUUUACGCAUACACACCCACAGAUGCUGGCGAUCUGGCGCUCCAGCAAGGUGAUCGGAUACAGGUAUUGGAGCACAUGAACAACGAUUGGUGGAGAGGUCGCAAUGAAAGGACCAAUCUAGAAGGUAUCUUCCCACGAAGUUACGUCAAUGUCAUCGAGGACCGACGGCCACCCUUGGUUCACUCACAGUCGACUGAGUACGGAAAUCUCCCUCUCCAAGUCAGUCAGUCAGGCUCUUCCAGCGGCGGUCCAGAAGGUCGGAAAUACAGCAAGCUCGAAGAACAGGGCAAGAAGUUCGGCAAGAAGAUGGGCAAUGCUGCUAUCUUUGGAGCCGGAGCUACAAUUGGCAGCAACAUUGUCAAUGGCAUUUUCUAA